AUGACCGUUGCCGCAACUCCUCUCACACCCCACGACGUCCGCCUCGCAUGCCGCAAAGGAACCUGGAAGGAGGCGUCGACAGCAGGCAUCUGCGAGGGCUACGUCCAGGCGAACCUCAUCAUCCUUCCCGAACGAUAUGCAGCCGACUUCCGCGCCCUCUGCGCCCGCAAUCCCGUUCCCUGCCCUCUCCUCGGCGAGACUAAGCCUGGCAACCCUACUAUCCCUGCACACCUCGCCAAAGACUGCGACAUCCGCACCGACGCUCCGCAGUACAACGUCUACCUGAACGGCAAACUCGUCGAGACGAAGCGGGAUAUCAAGAACGAAUGGAAGGAGGACUCGGUUGGCUUCCUUGUCGGGUGCUCGUUCAGCUUUGAAGCGGCGCUGGUAGAGGGGGGAUACACGCCGAGGCAGAUCGAGAUCAAGCGGAACGUCCCCAUGUACAAGACCAAGGUGCCGCUCUGCGCUGCUGGUGCCCUCUCCGGCAACAUGGUCGUCUCGAUGCGCCCUUACCCUCCCUCCGCCAUCGAAACCGUCCGCGACCUCACUCGACCAUUCAUCCGAGCGCAUGGCGAGCCCGUCGCAUGGGGACCGGAAGGCGCAGCGGCGCUCGGCGUCGACGAUCCGACGGGUGCGAACCCGGACUUUGGCGAGGCGAGCGAGGUGAGGGAGGGCGAGGUGCCGGUGUACUGGGCUUGCGGUGUGACGCCUCAGAGCGUCGUCAUGGCGAGCAAGAUCGAGGGAGUUGUGCUGGGACACGCGCCGGGACACAUGCUUGUGCUCGACAUGCGUGACGAGGAUGUGUGCAAGUAG